AUGCAUCCCAGACAAUACCUUUUCAAGGAACACUCCAAGAAGUUGACAUAUUCUGUGGCGUUGGGCAAUCCUGAGGAUGUCAAGGUGCCCGUAAACGAGAUGUCAGGCUGGCUGUUGAAAAAGAAGCGAAAGAGAAUGCAGGGCUGGGCUAAACGCUGGUUUACACUGUCUCCCACAGGUGUGCUCUCCUACUCUACAUCGCAAAACAGUGUCACCCGAGGCUCAAUUCAGAUUCUUGUAUCCACCAUAUCCUACAAUCCUAAUUUGCGCCAAAUCAACAUUGAUUCGGGUACCAUGCUCUAUCAUCUCAAGACAUUGACCGAGUCAGACUACGAUUUAUGGCAAUCCGCAUUGACCGAGACUCGUAGAAAGAAUGGCGAAUACGACGAUUCCCCUAUACCUCAAAUCGAGCACAGCAAGAGCAUUGUUAGUGUUGCUGCCAGCAAGCGCCAUUCCAGUCGCUAUGGAGAGAACAAGAAGAUUAGAGCCGAGAUUGAGCAGGGCCUGGAAACAUCUAUCAAUUCAGCCACUAAUGGAGAAACUGGAUCAUCAGAAACUGCAAAUGGUAGCAGACGCAAAUGA